CUGCCAUCUUGCGCCACCGCCAUGUCUGCAUGUCCGCCCGAGCCGCUGUUGCAGCUGCCUCAAUCGAUCUCGCGUUGCGUUGGAGCUGGUCGAUAAAUCAAGAACUCUUGAAUUCAUUCCUCUGGCAGUCUCAUCUCCGCUCCAUACGUGUACAUCGUUUUACACUCUUGCCAUUCCACUGAUCCCGGGCCAUCGCCAUGGCUGAGGUGCUGGGCGUCGUGGCCAGCGGCAUCGCAGUCGCUCAAGCAGCGCAGACCGUGGGUGGGGUCGUACUGUCUCUCUCCCGCCUAUGGAACGAGGUCAAAGACGUUCCAGACACCAUACGCGACCUUCUGGAGGAGCUGGAACUGGCGGGCAAGCUCGUGGAUGCGACAGAAACCGAGCUGGGCAUUGCCGGGGCAGCUGCUGCUGCUGUCCCGCAAGGAGACGCCUCGCUGACCGGCCUGCAAUCCCUCGCCAUCCACCGCUGCCGCCAAGUCCACAAACAUCUGAGGGACAUCGUCGAAGAUCUGGCCGCGGACAUCGCCUCGUCCAGGAGGAGGAAGAGUCUCCUGGCGAAGGGCAAAGCAGUCUUGAAGAAGGACGCACUUGGCAACUACGAGAAGCGCCUUCAGAAGGCGCUGCGCUUCCUCGACUCGGCCGUUCAGCUGGGACCGGCCCCUACCCGAUCUAUCUAGAUCCACGAUCAAACGGCAGCCUGAGCUGAUAACUGCCGGGAUUGCUGGCAUCAUGGCCGCCCAGAACUCCGUGGCUCUCCCGCAGAUCGCACAGGCACGCGUAAAGGAGUUAUUGGAAGACGAAGAGAAAACGCUCAAGGCUGAUAACGGAGUUGACGUUUGCCUGCGUCCUGAGAUGUCCAGUAAGCAAUCCAGCUCGCGACGCAGUCGGAAGCGAUAUCGGAGCCCGCUUUUAGGGUACUGGAGCUUCGAGUACUCAGAGACAGACGGGCCCAAGACCAGCUGUAAGUUAUCGCCGGUCGGCAUUUGCUCUGUCGUUGCGUCUCUGUCCAUCCUUCGCUAAUCAAGUUCGAUUGUUUGAAAUUCAGCGUACUGGCUUCGGAUUUCGCCUCCGCCGUGGCUAUUGCGCAAGGCCUG